CAGAGGCUGACUUGGCCCUCCAAUUGGGUGAAGGAGCGCACAUGUGCGUGGGGAGGAGCAGACCGAGCAGCCAAAAGGGAGGAAAAGCGUUCAAGCUCAAACAACACCCCCCUCCACCCCCAAAAAUGUUUUUAGCUCUCUCUCUGUGGAGUCUCGCUCCUCCGACCUUACUUUGCGCUUUGCAAAUGUUAACCGCCGGGGUCUGGACAGUCUCUGGUCCACUGCGGAGGGCUGUGGCCUGAACUGGACUGCGACCGACAGCGACCGGGGAAAGGCGACCAAAAAAAAAAAACCCCAAAUAACAGCCACAACAACAACAGAAGUUGAGCGCAGCCAGAUCGGCCGGGAUGCAGGCGCGCUACUCGGUGUCCAGCCCCAACUCGUUGGGGGUCGUGCCGUACAUCAGCAGCGAGCAGAGCUACUACCGGGCCGCCGGCGGCUACGCGGGGAUGCCGGCGCCCGCGAGCAUGUACUCGCACGCGGCUCACGAGCAGUACCAGGGCGGCAUGGCGCGCGCCUACGGGCCGUACAGCCCUCAGCAGCAGCCCAAGGACAUGGUCAAGCCGCCGUACAGCUACAUCGCUCUCAUCACCAUGGCCAUCCAGAACUCGGCGGAGAAGAAGAUCACCCUCAACGGGAUCUACCAGUUCAUCAUGGAGCGCUUCCCCUUCUACCGGGACAACAAGCAGGGCUGGCAGAACAGCAUACGGCACAACCUGUCGCUCAACGAGUGCUUCGUCAAAGUGCCCCGCGACGACAAGAAGCCCGGCAAGGGCAGCUACUGGACCUUGGACCCGGAUUCGUACAACAUGUUCGAGAACGGCAGCUUCCUGAGGCGCAGGAGGCGCUUCAAGAAGAAAGAUGCGCAGAAGGAGAAGGACGAGCGCGAGCGGGCCAAGGAGCCGCAGGCGGCGGGUCGCGCCUCGUCGGCUCGGGAGCCGCAGGACGCGCCGCCGGUGCACGGCUGCCAGCCCCUGCGCAUCCAGGACAUCAAGACGGAGAACGGGACCUGCACGCCGCCUCGAGCCGCGUCGCCGGCGCCGAACAACGCCGUUGCCAAAAUGGAAAGUCCCGACAGCAGCAGCAGCGGCGGCGGCGGCGGCGGCAGCGCGUCCAGCGGGAGCCCGCGCAGCCGCUCGCUCGGCACGGACCUCUCCGAGCAGCAGCGGCGGCAGCAGCAGCAGCAGCAGCAGCACAGCCAGGCCUCCGCGCAGGGCUUCAGCGUGGACAACAUCAUGACGUCCCUGCGGGGGUCUCCCCACGAGGACCUCUCCCCGCCCCUCGUCGCCUCCUCUCGGACAGGUAUGACCCCCUCGCUGGCGCUCGGCUAUUCCCCCAACCAGGCGUCGUCCUACGCGUCCGGCACGUGCAGCCAGAGCGCCCCCAACUCCACCUAUCACUGCAACCUGCAAGCCAUGAGCCUCUACGCGGCGGAGCGAAGCCCCGGAGGCCACCUGGCGCCGUCGGGCGCCGCGGACGAGACUUUGACCGACUACUGCGGCGCGUCGCCGCCGGGCCACGCCAACCAGGAGGGCCAGCAGCAGGGCCAGCAGCAGGGGCGGCUCGCCUCCUGGUACGGCGACCUGAGCCACUUGGGAGCGGGCUACCCGUCCCAGCAGCAGAACUUCCACUCGGUCAGGGAGAUGUUCGAGUCCCAGCGGAUGGGGCUGAAUGGGAAUAACAGCUGUCAGAUGGCCUUCCCGUCCACUCAGUCCAUCUACCGCACCUCAGGAGCUUUCGUUUACGACUGCAGCAAGUUUUGACAGCUUGCAAAGCGCAACCGGCAACUGUACUUUCGGACGUGAUCUUGAGGAGGUUUUUUUUCUUUUUUUUUCACUUGACAUCCUGAAUGCACAAAUUAAAGAACGAGACGCAGAUGAUUUUGUCCAGGCGCGUGUCCAACACACGUAAGUUUAUUCUCUUAAUUUAAAAAAAAAGGGCGAAAAAAUGGCUCGCGCUCUGAGCCUGCUGACGUUUGUAAAUGAUAUCCUAAUAUAUUUAUUUUUAGAGAGCGAUGAAUGGGUUUCUUGGAAGCCAGACACGCAGACGUUUUUUUUUGUCCAAUUUCUUGUCCCCAUUAGGUACAAGCGGGACCUUUGUAGCCCAAACUGGUGAUUUGAUUUGUGUGCUUUGUCAACACAUUUUUGAAGGCAUUACAUUUUUUGGGAUGAAUAAAGUGCCUCGGUUUUAA